AUGAAUAAUACAGCAAUUGCUUAAAUUAGAAAAUUACAAAUUGGGGAAAAUAGAUAUUGCUUUGAGUGUUAAUCAGCAAGUCCAACUUGGGCCAGCUUACCUUAUGGAAUAUACCUUUGCUAUAAUUGUUCAGGGCUACAUAGAGGGAUGGGUGUCCAUCUUACAUUUGUAAGAUCAAUUGAAAUGGAUUCCUGGACUGAUAAAUAAUUGGCUAUGAUGCAUUUAGGUGGAAAUUAAGAGUUAAGAAUCUUUUUUCAAUCACAUGGAAUUUAAAUUACAGAUUCUAACAAAUGGAAAACAAAUGCUGCUCAUUACUAUAGAGAAAAAGUAAUGUUUUAAUUCUCAUAUUAUUUAGAUGAGGGCGUUAGUUAACGAAACUUAAGUGCCUGAAGAGCCUGAUGAUUGGACAGCGAUACAAGAAAUUCCAAAACCAUAAAUUUAAUAAUAGUAAGUUAAAAUAUAACAAGACCCUCCUUCUACUCAAGAAUCAUAAAAUGUACUUUAUUGUUCCCUAAUAAUAGUUUUGGGAAUAAGCAACUAAAUCUACUAAAGAAGCAUUUGCAAAGAUAGAUGAAAAAAUAUCUAAAGUUUAAAUAAAAGAAGAGGCAGUUUAAUUAGGAUAAUAAAUUACAGCAAAAUCUAAAUAACUUGGAGUAAAUUCUUAUCUAAAUAAAUAGGAAAAAUCUACUAAGAUAGCAGAUAAGGCAUUAAAGAGCAUAAAAAGUGGAUUUAAUGAGGCAUUUGGAUUUAUAAAAUCAAAAGCUGAUCAGGUAAUAGGUAAAGAAAAAUAAACGGAGUCAGAAUAGUAGUAAUAAUAAUAAUAAUAAUAAUAAUAAUAAUAAUAAUAAUAAUAAUAAUAAUAAUAAUAAUAAUAAUAAUAAUAAUAAUAAUAAUAAUAAUAAUAAUAAUAAUAAUAAUAAUAAUAAGAUAGCUAAAUUCGAGAUAAUUAAUAAUAACUUUAUUAAUUUUAAAUAGAUAGUUAAAGUUAAAAGGAGCCUUAAGAUUUAUUUUAUUUUGA